AUGGCAAGUCCCCCUUCAAUUUCAAUCCCUCUAUCCUUGUUGGUUAUUAUCGCAAUUUGCAUUGACCCAAGCACAAGCGCUUGGAACAUAGUUGCAAAUCGAUUCCACUACGACAAUGUGUCCCUCGAAAAAGCAUCCAAAGACUAUGGAAACAUAGUUCAUCUUAGACCAAGUUUCGUGUUUGACCCUAAGCGUGUCAGUGAAAUCCAAAAUCUAAUUAUGCAUAAAUAUAAGAACUAUGGCACUGAACCAAACAAGACCUUCGCCAUAAGGGCCCGUGGCCAUUCCACGAGGGGACAGUCCCAAGUCUAUUCCGGCAUAGUGGUCAACAUGACUGCUCUGAACAAAACCGAUGGGAGUAGGAUCAGUAUUGGUAAGAAAAACAAUUUAGGUUAUUAUGUGGAUGUCGGGUGCGAGCAGCAGUGGCUAGACGUUUUAAGGGCCACACUUAAGGUUAAUCUUACGCCUGUUUCAUGGACGGAUUAUCUACGCGUAAGCGUGUGCGGAUCACUCUCUAACGCGGGUGUAAGCGGACAAUCGUUUCAGCACGGUCCCCAAAUUUCCAAUGUUUAUUCUGUCUAUGCAAUUACGGGUAAAGGAGACCACAAAUAUUGCAAUCCAAACUGGAACUCGGACCUAUUUUAUGCCCUUCUCGGUGGCCUUGGACAGUUUGGCAUCAUGACCAAGGCACGAAUCAGACUCGAAAAAGCACCAACAAGGGCCAUAACGACGAGAUUGCUUUACACGCACUUUAGUCAUUUCUCAAAUGACCAAGAGUUUCUUAUUUCUACCAAUCUUCCAAACUACACUGAAGGUUACAUUAUCGUAAAUAACAUUAUACCCAGCGGUUGGAUAACUUACAAUUCUUCGAUCACUCUAUCCGAUGUUGAUGCCUUGUUGAAGAAAUAUAUUGUAUUAUAUGCCAUUGAAUUUUCCAUGUAUUACGACCAUCAAACGGUCAACACUGUUUAUCAGGAAUUCCAGAGGUUGGUUGGCAAGUUGAAGUAUAUCCCUAAAUUCAUCUUCACUUUGGAUGAGUCCUACUUCGAUUUCCUUUACAGAGUUGGAGACUUGGACCGUGCCGAUCGGGGAUCAGUGCAAGCUCAUCCAUGGCUCUCUCUAUUUAUCCCGAGAUCUCAAAACAAGAAGUUUAAUAAAUAUGUCUUGGCUGGCUUGCUUCCAACCCUUGGCCAAGCACCUACCAUACCCCUUUACUACCCACUCAACGCAACAAAGUAG